AUGCAGCUUCAUCUUCAGGCUUCGUUGUCGCUGUAUAGGUUCUUUGCUUCUGCUCUGAUUUCUGUAUCUUUGCCUGUUAGGAAAAAGAUCUAUUUUAAGAAUUCAGAGAAUGUAUGGAAGAUGGCUCUGCUUGCCAUGAAGUGAAGAAACCAGGGACUUUCUCCAGAACCUUGGAAGUUGAUGUUGGGUCCAGCUAGUGUUCGUCCUCUAAAAGUAAAAUUGAAUUCUCUCUCAGUUAUACCAGUGCUCAAUUCCAGUAGCUACACUAAAGAAUAUGGAAAAAAAGAAGUGAGUCUUUCUGAUUGUCUGAAUAGAAGUGGAUCAUUUCCACUAGAACAGCUUCAAAGCUUUCCCCAACUUUUACAGAAUAUCCAUUGCUUAGAGCUGCCUUCUCAGAUGGGCUCAGUGCUAAACAACUCUCUGCUGCUUCAGUAUAUUGACUGUGUCAUAGAUGAGUCAGUCUUGCUGAGGUCUUAUGGGUUGAGUCAAACAUUACAAGAAGAAUGUAUUUGGUACAAGGUGAAUAAUUAUGAACAUGGAAAAGAAUUUACCAACUUCCUGGAUACUUCAAUCAGGGCUUACUGCAGCCUUGAUGAGGGGUUUUAUUCCUGUGAAGCAUUCCUAUAUAAGAGCCUUUCUCUCUGGGAUGGCCUCUGUUGUCAGUCACAGUUCCUUCUGCUUGUGAGCUGGAUUAUUUGUUGUAGCUUCUGUGAACCACUUCUUUUUGACCAUCUAGCCACAGCACUUUACUUUACAUCAACCAUUUAUUUUAAGGGUAACAAAAACUUGCCUUGCUUAGAUUUAACAGAUUGUAUUAUUCUAUUGCUAGUGGUACACAAUUCCAAACUGACAGAUACUCAGUUUGCCAGGUUUUUGGUUUAUCCUAGUCUCAUUCAGAUUGUAAAGACUGAGACUGGACUUCUGUUGAUAGAGUUUCCCAAUUUGGGCACAGGAAGGAGUGAGAAUGCCAUGAGGAAAGCUGGCGUGGUGCACAGUAAAUCCAGCAACGAUAUGGAGAGCCAUGUUCCUGAAGGCCAAGCCCCAAGUAAGACCUUAGCAGGUGGAGCCCCUCUGCCAGAGAGGCUUGGAAAGGAGAGUGUCACAGACUCUGGAACCCCUCUCGGGGGGGUCCUAGGGAGUGUGGGUGGGGUGGUUGCUCAUUGA